AUGGUUCAGGGCAGGGUGCUGGUCGUCGCUGGCUCCGACCCCUCUGGCGGGGCAGGCUUGGAGGCGGACCAGAAAGUUCUGGCGGCGCAUCAGUGCUACGCCAUGACGGCGACGACGGCGCUCACGGUGCAAAACACAAAGGGCGUCACGGGCGUGCACGUCGUGCCGGCCGAGUUUGUCGGGCGGCAGAUUGACGCCGUGGUGGAGGACAUUGGCGUUGACGUGGUCAAGACGGGCAUGCUGGGGUACGUGGAGACGAUUGACGUCUUGUCGGACAUGAUUGAGAAGCACAACCUCACCACCGUCGUCGUCGACCCUGUCAUGGUCUCGACGUCGGGCGCGCAGCUCCUCCCCCGCGAGGCCAUCAAGCACCUCUCCGGCCGGCUCCUGCGGCGCACCACGCUGCUGACGCCCAACGUCCCCGAGGCCAAGCUUCUUCUUGCCGAGAAUGGGCUGUCUGAGCCCGAGACGCCGCGCACAGUCGACGAGCUGGUGGACCUCGCGCAGCGGCUCCGUGUCGCGCUCGGCCCGGCGUGGGUGCUCGUCAAGGGCGGCCACGUUCCGUUCCGCGCGUCCGACAUGACGGCCACGGCGGAGGGUUCCGAGCAGGAUGACGGGGGCGCGGUGGUGGUGGAUGUGCUGGUCGGGCCGGGAGGCGAUGUCGUCAAGGUGCAGAGCAAGUUCCAGAAGAGCACGAGCACCCACGGCACGGGCUGCUCGCUCGCGUCGGCUAUUUCGGCACAUCUGUCCCAAGGAAAGGAUGUCCCGACGGCAGUGCGCGCGGCGUGCCGGUACAUUGCGGCGGGCAUCCAGACGGCGCCGCGGCUGGGCGGCGGCAACGGCCCGCUGAACCACUUUCACUCGUCGUACGCCCUGCCGUUUUCGCCUGGCUACUUUAUCGAGUACCUUUUGGAACGGCCCGACGUGCAGCCCGUGUGGAAGGAGUUUGUCCAUCACCCUUUCGUCAUGGCCCUGGGCAACGGGACGCUGCCUCUCGAGUCGUUCAAAGGAUACAUCAUCCAAGACUAUCUUUACCUGGUACACUUUGCGCGUGCUAAUGCCCUAGCGGCGUACAAGGCCAAAAACAUAUCUGACAUUCAACGAUCUAAUGACAUUGUCGGACAUAUUGUCCGCGAGAUGGACCUACACAUCAACUACUGCAAGAGCUUUGGCAUCCCAGAGGAAGAAAUCCAAGCCACUGAGGAGCUCCAAGCUUGUACCGCAUACACUCGCUACGUCCUCGACAUUGGCCAGUCCGAGGACUGGCUCGCCCUGCAGAUGGCCAUUGCGCCGUGCCUGCUGGGCUACGGCGCCGUCGCGCAGAUGCUCGCCGCGCACCCGGCCACGGUCCGCGAGCAGCAGGCCAACACGUACUGGCCGUGGAUAGAAACCUAUGGUGCGGCAGACUAUGUCGAGGCUGUGCGUCUAGGGUCCGAUCUUAUUGAGAAGAACAUCCGGCUCUGCUCGCCCUCGAGAAUAGAGGAGCUGGUCAAGAUUUUCAUUCAUGGAACAAGGAUGGAAAUUGGCUUUUGGGAAAUGUUUCCCGCGAAAUGA